GUGGGUGGAAGUGGGCUUCUCCGAAUAAAGGCGAGGGUCGCCGCCUCGGGUCCUCGCACCUCAACAAAAGACACCAACUCUCUCAACUGUACUGUUAACAGAUCUAAAUGAUACUCCAAGCCCAAAAGUAAACCGACUCUCUCAAUCUCUUAGCUAAAAAAUGGAGAAGGAAGCGUAGGGCCCCAUGCAACCCCUUCAGGAGCUGAGACCGAGGCUCACUGGGCCUCUGGAUGCCGCUUCCAGUCGGUCCCGCCCUACAUCAGUCCCCAGCAUGGCCUCCACCCUCUGGUUCCCAGGUUCGUGCCCGCGGCUAUCCGACCAGGUCGUCCUCCACCUCACCGUCCCCACUGAACCACCACUUGACUCCCGCGCACCCCUAAAACCUCUGCCCGGCUCCGCGGAAUCGUCCCAGUACUCCUAACAUGGCGGCCGAGUCCCCUUUGCUCCUUCACUCUGGGCGCUUCCCACUUGGAGCAUUUUGGGCAUUGUAGUUUCGGGGAUUGCCUAGGUAUCCCUCCAGGACGUAAGAAGACCACAGUUCCCAGAAAGCACCGCUCCCGAGCAUGGCUAUUGGGGACGUUUGGACAGAGGGAUGAUGUCAUUGCAAAAGCCCCACUGCAUUCAUUGUGCUACGGUCUCUCCACCCCCUGCUGCUGCUGGGCUUGCGAUUGCCGCUCGCUCCAGCUGAGCUAAGUGUAGCCGCAGCACCAGGGCAGGGACUGACUCCAGCCCUUGGACUCAGGACAUCGCAGACCUUCCCUUGCGUGCGUGACUCAUUCGCACAUCCAUUUCUGUUUAUGCCUGGGGUGGGGAGAAAAAUCCCAAACCAGCUGUGUAAAUGAGUAUGGAAGAUUAUGAUUUCCUGUUCAAAAUUGUUUUAAUUGGCAAUGCUGGUGUGGGGAAGACGUGCCUCGUCCGAAGAUUCACUCAGGGUCUUUUCCCCCCAGGUCAAGGAGCCACAAUUGGAGUUGAUUUUAUGAUUAAGACAGUGGAGAUUAAUGGUGAAAAAGUAAAGCUACAGAUCUGGGACACAGCAGGUCAAGAGAGAUUUCGGUCCAUUACCCAGAGUUACUACCGAAGCGCCAAUGCCUUGAUCCUCACCUAUGACAUUACCUGUGAGGAAUCCUUCCGUUGCCUUCCUGAGUGGCUGCGGGAGAUAGAACAAUAUGCCAGCAACAAGGUCAUCACUGUGUUAGUGGGCAACAAGAUUGACCUGGCUGAAAGGAGAGAGGUUUCCCAGCAGCGAGCUGAAGAAUUCUCAGAAGCUCAGGACAUGUAUUAUCUGGAGACCUCAGCCAAGGAAUCUGAUAAUGUGGAGAAACUCUUCCUUGACUUAGCAUGCCGACUCAUCAGUGAAGCCAGACAGAACACACUUGUGAACAAUGUAUCCUCACCCUUACCUGGAGAAGGGAAAAGCAUCAGCUAUUUGACUUGUUGUAAUUUCAACUAAAGGCUGAGGCACGAGAAGAAAAGGAAUCAGCAACUGCCCUGAUGGGCCAUGAGAUGCUGGGGAGAUCUGGCGAUGACUGUGGCUCCCGCUCUCUGACCUUCUGACUCCUGUGGGCUCCUGAGCUUACAAAGCAUGGCAGGCCAAGGGCCUCGACCACAGGCCAGCAUUAGCAGAACAUAUAAUGGUUUCACCCUUUUCCAGUCUGGAGUUGGAGCAAGGAGAAAAUUGCACUAGGCACUCCAUGAUCUGCAGAGCAUGUUGCUUUUGUUUUUUUAAAAAGCAAGUAAAAGCGCAUUCCUAAACAGAGUCCAGGGGGAAAUGUACUGUAGGAAUCCCUCCUGCACAUCAGUGGGUGCAUGUGGGAGCUGUUCUUUAGGGCUUCGGUGGUAAUCAUCUGGGGGCCCUGGUUUUCUUGUCUACCAGAUAAACCAAAACUGGGAAGGCCAAGUACAGUCUCUGUGGUGCGUAUUGACGACCCCAUGGAGAUUUUGAAAAGUGUUAUUUCUCUUGUCCACAGGCACUUUCAAGAACUUUGGGAUGUAAAAAUGAAAUGAAACCUUUACCCAUGACCAACAGUAACAAUCAUUGUUUUAAUAAUAUAUACAAGCUCCAUAACUCCUUUUGGUGCUAAUGAUUCCGCUAUUUCACAGACCAAACGUUUUAGUACAUUAAUGUCCUUAAAUGUGUUAUAUAGAAAUAAAAAAAUGGGGGAAGUCCAUGAAUCAGCACUCUUUCUCAAAGUCUCAUUACUACCUUUUUAAAGGUGGAUUUUUGGGAAAAGAGAAUACUUUUCCUUUUAUGUUCCCCUCUGAAUCUCUACCACUUUCUUCUCUUGUCUCUCCAGCCCUUUAUGUAAAUGAAAACGUUUGCAAAAUGAAAAAAAUAAACAAAUGGUUGAUGACAUUCUAAUAUAAAAACUUAGCUCUAACACAUUUUGAGUAGUAUGAGGAAACAGACCAGAUAUGACCAAAAUACUGUGGAUUAAUGGACUGUAGUGCAGGGCUCCUAGCAGAGCACAGUCCUUGAUAGUAGGUCACAUCUUUUACUUCCUGGUACUCUCCAUCUUGGACAGACCAAGGCUUAGGAUUUUGUAGAUUUUUUAGUAUGAUAAGUGAGAAUAGCAACAGAUGAAAAGUCUCACGACCCAUUUUUAUAUCUUCGAUGAUAACCUUAGAAAAAUUCUGCUCCUGGAAGCAGAUUGAACGGUCAUUUAUCCCCUCCUUCUUGUAAUAAUGUUACCUUCAGACGCUUAACCAUACGUUCUUUCUUUUUUCUUUCUCUUUUCCUCUCUAUUUUUCUGGUCUCUCCUUUUCUUCUUCCCUCCCUCCCUCCCUCCUUCCCUCCCAUCCUUAUAUGCAUGUGUUACUGCAAAUCUCCAAUUCAAAUGGAGGUGUAUAUGCCUUUACUUAGCCAAUUUAAAAACAGGACUCAAAAUGGGAGAUGUGCUGCUGAAUAUGUGUUUCUUUUUCUUCAGUGCCAUACUUUGAUAGCUUCCAAUUUGUUCACUGAUAUAAAUGCAAAUUGGGAAAAUAAUUAAACCUGUAUGCUGUUGAUGCUGUCAGAUGUUUCUGUAGCUUGCUGCUUAGCAUAACUGAGGGAUGAGUAAUGGAAUAAGGAUAUGAUGUGUAAUUCCACUGUUGCUGUAGAUGGUGACAAUCUCAGUUCUGAUAUGUUGAUGUUUGAAAGCUAUUUAAUUGUAAAGAAAUGAGUCAUGUAGAGACAUGAUGUGGAUAAAGCAUUUCUGGCAUUUCUCUAGCAGGUUCUAGAUUGACCAGUGUCUUGCACAUGAGAUUAUGCAUAUUUUUUAAGGGGCUGAUACUUUUGGUUGGCCUCACUGUGUUUUUCCUGAUCCUGUGGGAAAGAGAAAGGCAUCCCAGAAGUUUGACUUGUUUUUCUUUUAGAAUCUGUCUCUGCAGGAAAGAAAAGUCAUUUUAAUAAAAACCAAAAUAAUUUAUAAUAAUUGUUGCCUUUCCCUCCCCAUCCUCUCCACUAAGCCAGCAACUAAAUGUAUUCAGAAAACAAGUUAAUCAAGGAGGGCAGAAGAAUUUUUUUUUAACUGUAAGGAAAUGUUCCUAAGUUUAGAUUUAUUACCUGUCAUUUAGGGCAAAAAUCCAGUGUCCCCAGCACAUGAUGACCCAACUUUGUCUCACAGUUGCAAGUGUGUUGAAAAUAAAGUUGCUUUGUGAACUUAGAGGAAAUGGCUGUGUUAGAUUGGACUGAUUUAGUUGCAAAAUAAUACCUUUUAGGGUCACACUUGUAUUAUUCCCUAGGGUUUAGCCUUCUCUAUAUACCCUUGGCCAGACUCAGAAGGGGAUUAAAAAGCUCUGGUCUUGGCCUCUAUCUUCCUUGUUGCUCCUCCCAGCCUUUCCAUAACUUACCCAUCCACAGCCCAUUAGCAGGAACACAUGAGAAUGUGGGACUUUGUUUCUUUUUUUCUUAGUUGUAUGAAUUCCAGAUUAGGCCUUAUGGAUACUUGUCUACUAAUAUAUCUGAAGUUUGAAAACAAUCCCUGACAAUAUUGUAGGUGCAAUAAAUAUUAGUCAAAUAAACAUUUAAGUGCCAAGGUGGGGUGUUGGUGGUCGGGGGAGCUUUUUUUGAUUAAACAGAAAUUCCUUCAAGUAGAACUUGAGAAAGGACACUAAAUACAGUCAUCUUAACCCAGGCCAGGACCUAAAUUUAUUGGUUUGCCUAACAGUCUUAUUGUCAUGGCAAUAUUUGCUAAGAUGAGCCUUCUUUAGAUAAAAAUGAACUCUCAUUUAGUGGUGGAUGAAAAAAGAGAAAUUGCUUUAUCAUAUAGUUUAAUUUGUCUCGGUCUACUAAGACCACCAGGGUUGAUGUAUUCCUCCAUUUUUGGUGUGAUCUUUUUCUUCAUUCAAUAAAGUUAUUAAAUAUAUGGCAAAA